AUGUCUAGGACACGUCGGUCAACUCGAUUACAAGAUAGAAGUAAUUCUUUAAACCAGGAUGAAACUCGAAAUCUUAAAAAUAAUGAAGUAAGUCAUGAUAACUACAAUUCACUUACAAAAGGUAUAGAAGUUGAUACUUCGCUAACUGUUACUAGUUUACAUGAUGGAAAUUCUGAAUAUAAAUCUGAUUUAGAGAACGAAAGCUCAGAUAUCGAAAAAUACAAGGAUGUAUCCAGAUUCAAUACCGGGAGAGAAAAUACUAAUAAGCAAAUCUCUAACACAGAUCGAAAAUACACCGCAGAUCCUAUUUCAGAUGACGAAGAUGAUGAUGAGGAGGAAGAAGAACCUUCUAAUAAUUCAGAUGAAGACUACCAAGCUCCUGGAGAACGCAGAAGAUCGAGCAGAAAAAGAGGUUCUAUUAGAGACCGCAACUCAAAAAAAAUAAAAAGAAUGAAAACUAAUCAGCUAUCAUUAAGAUCCCAUGGAAAGAAUUUAGGUAGCAAAGAAGACCAAGAGCAAUAUAUUGAAAUGAUACAUAAUUUUGAACCAACUGAAUUAUUUGAAAUAUUAUGUAACUCUGAAGAUAUAUCUAUUAAUGAACUAUUAAGAGAAAAACUCGAAGAAUAUCAAAGCAAUAGGGAUAAAUUUAUUUCUGAAUUUAUUAAUUUAAUUCUAUGUUGUUGUGGUGUAAUCGCUAGGGUAGAAGAACAUGAUGUUCGUAAUAAUGAUCUUGCAAAUGAAACUGUAUCUGAAUUACAGUCAAUUUUUCAAAAACAAAAAAUUCAUGAAUUUCAUCUGCUACUAAGUAAAACUCAAAAGAAAAAAGCCAAGUACCCUAAUCUAUAUCCAAACUUCAUGGAAUUUAUGAGUAAAAUGAUGGAUAUGGCUAAUGAGUUACAAAUGUUAUCUGUGGAUGAUGACGAAGAGGAAGAUAACGAAGAAAUUACAAUGAAAACAGGCCAUUUCGUUAUCGAUUUACUAACAUGGCUGGCUUCUUUCUCGGUAUGCAAAAUUCGUUGUUUUAGAUAUAUUUCAACCUCAAUUCUAUAUUCAUUCCAGGAUUCUAUCGUUCAACAGGUAUUUGACUUAAAUAAUAACUAUCUUUUGAAACUAAAUAAACAAUUGGCAAAUGAACAAAAAAAAAAGAGAUCAAAUAAAAAAACCAUUGCAAAAUUAGAAAAGACACUUAAUGAAAUAGAACAAAACAAGAUGGUAAUGCAAAGUAUAAUAGAUAAUAUUAUUAAAUUAUGUUUUAUUCAUAGAUUUAAGGAUAUCGAUGAAUUGAUUAGAAGCGAUAGUAUGUAUCAUCUUGCCAAUUGGAUUCAAGUAUAUCCUGAAUUUUUCUUAAAAGUUUCAUACUUAAAAUAUUUUGGUUGGUUAUUAAGCGAUACUUCUGUUGAAGUGAGACUACAAAUUUUAAAAAUCUUACCUUAUGUUUUGUCCCUACAGCACGCUAGCAAUCCAAAGAUAAAGAAAGGCAAAGGUAAAACUAAAAAUGAUGAGGUUAACCAAAAAAAAUUUGAUAACUCCUCAAUUAGACAAUUUUUUGAACGAUUCCAAGAAAGGAUUAUUGAGAUUGCUAUAAAUGAUGAAAAUUUAGAUAUUCGUAUUAAUGCAGUUCAGGUUUUAAAUGAAGUUGUUACUUUAGGUUAUAUGGAGGAUACCGAUGCUUUUAAAGUUAUCAGUUUAAUUUUUAAUAAAGAUCAACUUAACCUUGGCUCAAAGACUAAGAGAUUCAAAUUUAUGAAUGCCCUUGCUAGCUUUUUCACAUUAGUUGUGGAUGAAAAAAUAAUAGAAUUUAAUAAAAAUUAUAAGAUACCAAAAAAACUAUACGAUUUUGCAAGUAAAGAUGUUAUUAGAAUUGGUACUAUGAUGAAAAUAAUUAAUAUGGGUAUGCAGUAUCAUGUAAACGAAAAUUUAAAGACAACAAGCGAAUCUAGGGAUGGGGAUGGAGAUAUUAACUUAGAAAAUAAUUCAUCUAAUAACGUAAAAGAUAUCUCUUCUAGUGAAAAAGUACAACGUAUCUAUCAAACAGCUGAAUUUUUAUCUUUAACAUAUAGCGACAUCAUUGGAAAAAUUGGAGAAAUGUUAACUUAUGAAGGUGAAUAUGAAAAUACUAGUAAUGUAGAUGAUUAUAAUAUUGGCAAUGAAGAAGAUGAAGAACAAGAAGAAGAAGAUAAUGAAGGAGAAAGAAAUGACAUUAUCAAAGGUAUUAAGAAGUAUCUAUUAUUGCCGUAUAACCAAGAAAACACGAUUUUAUAUUUAACAGUAUUAAAUGGUCUAAUUAAUGGAAAUGCUAUAAAAGGUAAAGAAAAAAUGAUAAUUGGAGAAAUGAUUUUACCACAAAUUGAAAAAUUAAUUAAGUUUUUACCUAUGACUUUAAAGAGUGUUUAUAUGAAUGUAUUUGAAAUUUUUGUCAAAUUUGAAUAUAAAGAAUGGAUUGAUGUUGGAUUAGAAGAAAACGAUAUAUUAGGAGUUAUCACUCAAAUUAUCAAGGUCUUUAAUGAAAUUAGUAUAAUAACUGCUGAUGAAGAGUUAGGUAAUUUAGGGGGCGAAAUUGAUCUCAAUAAAACUGAUAGCAAAAUCUUUUGUAGAGUAUUUCAACAUAUCAAAAAUUUCCAAAUAAAUACCAUAGAUGAAAUAAUGAUCAAUAACAUUGACGAAAUAAAAUUACAAUUUGAUAAAUAUUUAGAUGAACAACUGAAUAUUGAAAAGAUGAAUAAUGUUGAACUUGAGUAUCCAGAAAGGGUAGGCGGAAUAUUUGAUAAAUUUCUCAAUAAAUUGGUAAUUUUUGGUAAAGAAUAUAACAUUGAAUUUGAAGAAAAUGAAUUUAAUAAAUUUAAUGAAAAUUUCUUGACUAAAAUAAAUAAUCUUAUCGAAAAUUUUGAUGACUCGACAAUAAAGAAAAUUAACUUUAAAAUUUUUUCAGUUAUCGUUCAAUGGAGGUUAAAAGAGUUUGAAGAAAUGGGUAUUAAGAGUAAAAUGACCGUGCGUACUGUGGAAAUCUUGAAUACAAUUCUGAUGCUAUUUGAACUUAGAAGGGGUGAAACAGACAAAGAUAUCAUUGGUAAAAUAUUUAUGAUGAAAUGGAAGAUUUUAAACGUAUUAAUUGAUGUAAUUAUUAGUAUUAAAGUUUAUGAUAUAAAAGAAGGUAAUAAUGGAAAUGAUUUAAUGGAAAAUAUUCCAUAUUUAAUUCAAGAAAGAAAUAUUGAAGUUAUCAAGCAGAUAUUCUUAGCAUUUGAAAGCUAUAUAGGCACUAACAGGGAUCUUCAAUUGGAAAGAGAAGAUCAGGAAGAUGUUAAUAUCAAUGAUGAUAGUGAAAUAAUAAUGGAUAGAUGGUUCGGGUCUAAUAAAGAAAUUAUUGAGCGAAACUUUUUAAUAUUUACAAUUAAAGUCAAAAGUCUAUUCAAAAUUGGUAUACUAGAUGAUAAUUUGUUAGAUAAUAGAAUGAAAUUGAAUAGUGAAAAACUAGGUAAAAUCUUCAGUGAUAUUAUCAACGAUGAAAUCUUUAGUGACGCCACAACAACCAGCCUGAAAAAUCGUACCGAAGGCGAAAUUUAA